ACAACAAACGGGAUUCUUCUGUGGCUUAUAAGGCGCAAAAAAGUAGCGGCGAAAUCUUUCAACAACAAAAUGGCGGCCAGUCAAGCUGUUAGCGAUUUACUACUUGGUUUGUUUAUUACCCCGAUGGAGGUCAUACAUCACGUUUUACCAGAGGCCAAUGUGAAUGAGUACAUUUGUCUGGCACAUCAAAUUUCUAUUCUACUCUUCCCAUUAGUUUCAACGUUUCAUUUGAUGUUUGUUGCAUUGGAGCGUUUCCUGAAAGUCGUACAUCCAUUGCAGGCCAGUAAAGUGGCUGUAAAAUCUAAAGUCAAAGUUAUCAUUGGUUUCUGUUGGAUAUUGCCAUCGGUUUUUGCGAUGUUUUCAUUUCUAGGAUGGAAUCGACUUCGGGAAGAAAAAUUAAGAUAUGGAAGCACAGUUUCAUUUACUCCACAUUAUAAGUAUGUAUAUCAGACACCGUGCAGUCGACUAGAACACCUCCAUUGUUCUUACAUCAGCUUGUUGCUAACAAUGAUACUCUCUAUGUAUAUAGGCGUGGCGGCCAUGUACUUUCAAGUUGUCGUAGUAGCAAGGCGCAAAGUGGAACAGGCAGCAAUGGCUUCAGACUGUGAUAUGAGAGAGGAAGUCAAGAUAUUAUAUAUUCUACUGUGGUCGGCUAGUUAUUUCGUUAUUUCCUGGUGCCCACUAACUUCUGUGGUGUCCGUAGAAUGUCUGUACGCUCCCACACCGGACAUUCUAUGGGUUCUAACGCUGGUGUUCGCGAAUUGCAACAGCGUCAUCAGUCCGAUAGUGUAUGGAUACGGAAAUAGAAACAUCCGUGAAUUCGUCUCGACUAAGAUUCGUGGGAAUAGGAGUCGUGUUACGCCUCUACAUCCACGACAGUCUGGGGAACGGACCGUACUCACAGAGAAAACAAAGAAAGACGGUACGGAUUAUGACAUAUUAACAUUCUAGAGAGUGAUGAAGCGUACCAGCCCGAUUCUACCCACGUACGCUACAUUGCACGUGCAACUGUCCUGCCAGCAUCCCAGAUACACUCAAACAGACGACGGAGUGGCCAUGGAUCGUGACACGUAAACAUCGCAUUUGGCAUUGCUCGUUUUUCUGCACGUGGUCGAUAUGGUGUGAACAUGGAAAAACACCAGAACAUCAAUGUAUGCUUGGAAUAAUCAUUAAUCGUCGUAACCUUCAUCCCAUAGUGGCGGCGUGUGUGCCGUGACGAAAAUAAGUGGAACGUAGACAAGCAAAUGUAUCACUGAUUUGCUGCAUUAGUAAUCUUUGUAUAAUAAAGCAUACCUUUAUAUUUCUGUGCUUAACAGGAACAACUUCUUACUUCGAAAACAAAGACUCCCGCUCGCAAUAGAUCCCAUUUCUCAACUCAUGUUUAGCUUUUUUAAAUAUUAUAGAGCGACACUCUAGAAUUUCGAUCCAAA